CUUGUACAUAGAGAUAUAUACACACAUAUAUGUAUAUGUAUAUGUAUAUAUGUAUGUACCUAUGUAUAUGUCGCUGUGUGUGUGCGUGUUCGUGACUAUACAUAUGGUGAUAUGGACCUUUUUAUCUGCAUGAGUGUCUGCCUAUCUGUGUAUUUAGUGUAUUGUUUAUAUUUUCCCCUCAAUUUUCUUAACAGAGUAUGAUUUUAAGUUUGAUUAGGUGAAUUGUUUUGAAUUGGCGAAGUCUAAUUUUCAGUGUAAGCUCUAGCUUCGUUAUCUCAAAAUUCCGGAGACAAAAAUGCACAUAAUUAGAAGUUACAUGAAAGUGCCAAUACGACUUUUAUGAUACAAAAACUUGUGGUCGCAGGAAAAAUUGCUUCGACUCUCGUAGUAAAAGUUUCAUAUAAAAAGGGAUAGAGGAAGUACUUUGUAUGAACUCUUAAAAGGAAUAGUUUGUGAUUGAGGACAACAAAAAAACAUUGUGCUAGUAUAUCAUCUGGUUUUGACGGAAGUAGAGUUUCUUAAUCCAUUAUUGAGCUGAAAUUAUUUGAGUUGGUUAUGCAUGAUUUAUGUUAUUAUAUUGGGUACUUUGUUAAUGUGUUGUUGACUUGUAGGCAAGUACUCAUGCUUGCUUUACUUUGCUCAAUUUCGAUAGCUGAAUACAUGAGGACAUGGUAAAUGAAGGAAAUGUAGGAUCAAAGGAAAAGUACUAGCUAAAGCUGGUUGUUAUGGUGAAUACUGGAAAAGUGACAACCUUUUGCAGGUCAUUACGUGGUUAUGUAUGGCAUCUUUAAGGAUAUGUGCUGGAGUACCUCUAUGAAUGUAAAUUAUUUUCCUAAAGUGGUUUACAUGUUCCGGGAUGGAUGUUGAAGUGAUCGAUGUUGAAGUAGGGAACAUGCACCAGCAAGGUGGCAUAACUGAUGACGGCGAUGAUGAGCCCGGUGAGAGUGGAGAAGCGAAUGUAAACGGAAGAUCAAAUGCACCUGAUGGAGAUAACAUUGUUGAGCCGCAAAUGGGUAUGGUAUUUCUUUCUGGAGAUCAAGCAAAGAAAUUCUAUGAUGAGUAUGCUAGGCGUUUGGGUUUUACAACACGUGUCUCUCAGUUUAAUCGACUGAAGACUGAUUUCUUAUGUGACAAGGUUGGUUUGAGAAGAGUGUCGGGUGAAUCCUGUGAUGCAAUGCUUAGAGUGGAGUUAAAAGGUCAAAACAAGUGGGUUGUGACCAAAUAUGUGAAGGACCAUAGUCACUCCCUUGUGUAUCCCAAUAAGGUGCAUUAUCGGAGAUCGCACAAGCAUUUUUCGGUGACAAAAAAGAAUGUACCUGAGAAUAAUCAGGGUGUUGGAAUUGUUCCAAGUGGUGUAAUGUAUGUCUCAGUAGACGGUAACCGCAUCCCUGCAGAGAUGAACCAUGGAGCUAAGAGAACUCGUCCUGAAGAGUCGGAUCAAAAUGUUAAGAAUACUACACUUCAGAGUUUUUCUCUUAGACAUUGCAAUCAACGGAGAACAUUAGGGAGAGAUGCUCAGAAUCUUCUUGAUUACUUCAAGAAAAUGCAGGCUGAGAAUCCUGGAUUUUACUAUGCCAUACAAUUGGACGAAGAUAAUCGCAUGUCUAAUGUAUUUUGGGCUGAUGCAAGGUCAAGAAAUGCAUACAGUCAUUUUGGUGAUGCCGUUGUACUGGACACGAUGUACAGAGUUAAUCAGUGCAGAGUCCCAUUUACUCCGCUCACAGGAGUAAAUCAUCAUGGUCUGACAAUUUUGUUUGGUUGUGCACUUCUUCUAGAUGAGUCUGAGGCGACAUUUGUCUGGCUAUUCAAGACCUUCCUUGCCGCUAUGAAUGACCGUGUCCCUGUCUCAAUAAUUACUGAUCAGGACACUGUUAUACAAUCUGCUGUUGCUCAAGUUUUUCCGGAAACACGGCACUGUAUCAACAAGUGGCAUGUAUUAAGGGGUGGCCAGGACAGAAUGGCUCAUGUAUGUCACAUGUUCCCAAAUUUCCAGGUUGAACUCUAUAAUUGUAUCAAUUUGACAGAGACAGUUGAAGAGUUUGAAUCGUAUUGGGAGAUAAUUCUUGAUAAGUAUGACCUGAAGAAGAAUGAUUGGCUUCAAUCCAUAUAUAAUACACGUCGCCAGUGGGUACCAGUUUAUUUUCGUGAUACUUUCUUUGCAGCCGUUUCUUGUAACCAGGAAUAUGAAUGCUCAUUUUUCGAUGGCUAUGUGAGUCAACAGAUUACAUUGCCAUUGUUCUUCAGGCAGUAUGAAAGAGCUUUGGAGAAUUCAUUUGAGAAGGAAACAGAAGCUGAUUUUGAUACAAUAUGCACCACUCCACCACUAAGGACACCAUCUCCAAUGGAGAAACAGGCAGCAACUUUAUACACGAAGAAAAUAUUCUUAAAAUUUCAAGAAGAGUUAGUGGAGACAUUUGUCUACACUGCAAACAGAAUUGAUGGAGAUGGUGUUAUCAGCACAUUCAGAGUUGCAAAAUUUGAGGAUGACCAGAAAGCAUACCUUGUCUCAUUGAAUAUAUCUGAACUAAAAGCAAAUUGUAGCUGCCAGAUGUUUGAAUGUAGUGGUAUCCUCUGUAGACAUAUUCUUACAGUUUUUACAGUAACUAAUAUUCUUACAUUGCCAUCUCAUUACAUCUUGAAGCGGUGGACAAUAAAUGCAAAGUGUGGUGCUGAAUCAGAUGAACGUGUGCAACUUCAUGGUACUGAAUCAAUGGCACAGAGGUACAACAGCCUCUGCAAGGAAGCCAUAAGAUGUGCUGAAGAAGGGGCUGUAUCUCAAGAGACAUAUAAUGCUGCAUUAGGUGCUCUUAAAGGAGGAGUGAAGAAGGCGGCUCUUGCAAAAAGAAAUGUUGCUAAAGUUUCACCUCCUAGCUCACAAGCCAGUUGUGUUGGCUAUGAUGAUCCGAGGACGUCUACCUCUGCUUCAGAAAUGACACCAUUAUUGUGGCCAAGACAAGAUGAAAUGACAAAGCGCUUUAAUCUUAAUGAUACUGGUAGUCCUGCUAGGGCUGUUGCUGAUUUAAAUCCCCAGCGCAUGGCCCCUGUUUCUCUUCACCGUGAUGAUGGUCAUGCAGAUAACAUGGUGAUUCUUCCUUGCCUCAAGUCAAUGACUUGGGUGAUGGAGAAUAAAACUUCGGCACCUGCGAAUAGAGUUGCUGUCAUCAACCUGAAGCUGCAAGAUUACAUUAGGACUCCUUCACGAGAAUCAGAAGUUAAGUUUCAGCUAUCCCAGGUCACACUAGAGCCCAUGUUGAAGUCUAUGGCUUAUAUCAGCGAGCAACUCUCUGCCCCAGCUAAUAGGGUUGCUGUCAUCAAUCUGAAGCUUCAAGAUACAGAAACAACUUUAGGAGAGUCAGAGGUGAAAUUUCAGGUUUCUAGAGAUACUUUAGGUGCCAUGUUGAGGUCAAUGGCAUAUAUCCGCGAGCAACUGUCAAAUACAGUUGAGUCGCAACUGGAGAUUCCAGCAAAAAAGCAAAGGAAAUAGAAGUUGUGUCCUUUUACCAUUUAUAGGCAGUUGUGUGAAUAGAUAACCUCGCGGAUUGGGGUGCUGCUGACAUUCUUCUUUAAACAUGUAAUUAGUAUGGUUGAAUUUGGAAUUUUCCAAGUUCUCAUUGUGGAGCUUUAUGUAGGAUAGCAGUUUUACAUGCUUUGCCUUUUCUGCAUUAUUUGUACAUGUAAAUUAUUAAUUUUAAGAAUGCAAGGCCAUUUUUUUUUCCUUUUUAAA